GGACAAUGUGGAGUGGUCAGAAGAGCAGGAAGCCAGUGCCAGGAGUAGAGUUCAAGAGAACAGCUCGCAGCUGUUGCCACAAGAUAAACAAGAGGAAUAUGAGGUGAAUGCUAAGAGGUACUGGGAUGACUUUUAUAAAAUCCAUGAAAAUGGCUUCUUCAAGGACAGGCACUGGCUGUUCACUGAAUUUCCUGAGCUGGCACCUAACAGGAACCCAAGUCAAAACGGGGAUUCUGUGCAUGAAUUUAGUAACAAAGAAGAAUGCAACAAUGAAGGGCUGGGAAGCUGUGAAAAUGGACAUUGUUCGUUGGAAACCGGGGCGGAAAAUCAGUUAAACUUGAUGAAAAGCACACCUAAGGUCUGCAUAGAGGAGAUGGCUACGCAGCAGUGUAGUGAGCUGAAUCAAAGUCGUGGAGAUUACCCAGGAUCGUCUGCAUCUUACCGAAUAUUAGAGGUUGGCUGUGGUGCUGGAAAUACAGUCUUCCCAAUUUUACAAACCAACAAUGACCCAGGCCUUUUUGUUUAUUGCUGUGAUUUUUCUACAACAGCUGUGGAUCUCGUCCAGAACAACGCAGAAUAUGAUUCUUCUCGCUGCUUUGCCUUUGUCCACGACCUGUGCAAUGACCAAAGUCCUUUCCCAAUGCCAGACGAGAGUCUUGACAUUGUUAUUCUUAUCUUUGUCCUCUCAGCGAUUCUCCCAGAGAAGAUGCAGUGCAUCGUGAACAGAUUGAGUCGCCUUCUGAAACCAGGAGGAAUGAUUUUGUUACGAGAUUAUGGCCGUUACGAUCUGGCCCAGCUUCGGUUUAAGAAAGGUCAAUGUCUGUCUGAUAAUUUCUAUGUGAGAGGUGAUGGCACCAGAGUGUACUUCUUCACACAAGAUGAAUUAGAUGAUCUCUUCACAACAGCUGGGCUGGAGAAAAUCCAGAAUCUGGUUGAUCGGCGAUUGCAAGUGAACCGUGGGAAACAAAUGACGAUGUAUCGAGUAUGGAUCCAGUGCAAAUACCGCAAGCCUGCCGCCCCUCAGCUGUGAGGAAAUGGGACAUGCUUUUUUAGGUUGGAGCCUCUUCACGGCCACGUGCAGUGUCUCCUGGUGAGAUGUGAUUUUACAGAGUUCAGCGCACACAGGACCUCAGUGCCUUUUAUAGUGCCUAGCAUCACUUCGAGUGAUGUCCUUUGCUAAGGACAAAUGGACACCAAGCAGUAAUUUAGAUGUCUUGCUACUGGGCUGAGUUUUUAAAAUUAUUCAUGGUUUUAACAACUUAAGAAAUGGUCAUGCUGUCUUACAGCAGCUGAACAGGUUGAGUAGCGAGUCACUCGUACUCUGGAUUUCCACAUGAAAUAGGAGAGCGUCGACCUC